UAUUUGUAUCAGCUGGGCCUUAAUCCCGUCGGUGAUGCCUUUGAGAACGAUCAGCCUUCAGAUUUGGAUAACAAAAUAGGUUACUUUUGAGCACGACAUCAAAACCUUUCUUUUAUGUUUCCUGUUUUCGCUAAACUCUUGUUUACAAUUAAUUAAGUGUUAACUUACUUUUAGUAGCCGUGAAAUUUAAGAUUAGGCUGUUUGACAUGCUUGAAUGAACUCGGGAUCUUUGUCAAGGAAAUAAACAAGAUAAUUACUUUUUAAUUUAUGUCUAGAGUGCACUGCGUUGGUCACUGUUACUGAGAUUGGAUGCGUUUUAAUUUUUACCAGAUUUUCCCUUUUCAUUAUAUUGCGGUGGUCUUUUAUUUGAGGCAUCACUGUAGUGAUAUCUCCUGUUCCUCUAAGAUGCAUAUGGUACAGCUGUCAAAAGUAUAGGAUAUCAAUUUAUAGUUUGUAUUGUUUUUCUCUUUGCAGUUAUAAUGGCCCCAUUUGUCUUUCGACGACUUUGUUCACUACUUUUCUGUAUGUUGGCAUUAAGAUGUCAUGUCAGCAAUGGGUUAUUUGAAUGGUUAAAGCCAGCACAGGCUCCUCCUGCAGCAACUCUCCCAGCUAUCGGACCAACUGCAAAAGACUCCAUUCCGUUUGAAAUGACUAUUGCAGAUGAGAAAUUCUUGGCGGAAGCAAGGCAGAUGGAACUCAGCCCCUUGGGUAGCUGCCAUUAUAAGGUGGUUGCUCAGUUGAAGUCCACCUGUGAAAGUCUAUCAGAAGAGCAGCUUGCCAAGCUUGGAGUGAUGCUGUUCAACUGCCAAGCCCAGGUGGAGGGCCGCCCAACCUACCCCUGCUCAGAGGAAAUGUCAAUUAAGGAGUGUACAGCGGAAAUGGACUCUGAUACAUGGAACGCGUACCACAUAGUCAGCAACCGAGUGCGCUCUGUGUGCUAUGGCACGCGCCAACUGCACUUUCGGCGAAAGGCGGAGAUGACCGUGAAUGCUCUCAUCUCCACAGCCAGCAGCCAACUAGAUGCCAUGAAUGAGCUAAAGGAUGGCCAAGUUGAGCUCAAGGAGUUGACUGUGGCUUCAUUGGAUAAACUCAUGCAGGGCCACAAAGCUUUGCAGGCCCAGCAGGGAGUACUCUGGGAGGGUCAGGGGCAACUGGAGCGCUCCCUUGACGUCAACCUUGAGCAACUUGGCAAGGAGAAGGCUCUUAUAGCCUCUGGACAACAGCUGGUAGCUCAGCUCAUUCAGGGCAUUACACACAGAAUGGAGAAUGUGAGUGAGCAGUUGAAGGGUCAAGGGUCUGAGGUGCAGGAAAACCACAAGGCCAUUAUUGAAGACCUUGCACACGUUCGAGACAAAGCACAGGAUAUCUAUCAUAAAAUCGACAGUAGUAUGGUGGAGUUUGUUCAAUACCAGGACACGACAGCGCAGUACUACACAGACCUGAUGCGCAAGCUUGAGCGGAUGAACGGCACGCUUGGGUUCAUGCUGCAUUAUCUAGAUGACAUGCAGAACCGCAUAGAAGGCCGUCUCCACAUGAUCCAGGGAUACCUAGGCUGGGCAGGUCUAAGCCUGGCUGCCAUGUGCACAUGUGUGCUACACGCUGGCUAUUUACUAAUGGGUGCCAUACUGUUGACCUUCCUGCGUAGUCCGUUUUUCUCCCGGGUGACGCUGCUGUUCACGGUCUCCCUCAACGCUGUAGCGGAGGUCAACCAGCAACCGGCGCUGGAUUUCACUGGCCUAAGCCUGCUGGUUCUCGUGCUGACACUUGGUCAUUUGUUAGUCAAUCAGUUCUUGCUGACAUGCUCCAAGAUGAGGGAUAAGACGUCCUGUCUGUCACUUCCGCCUUGUGAAAUCGUGGAGCCGGUGAACCAGCGUGUGUCAUUUGAGUACCACUCUACACCACUGAGAAGUGAAUGUGAUCACUUGAUGGAACAAGACCCUUUGGAUUUUUUUAUUCACGGUGAUCCAUGUCCGUCACCUCCCGACGGGUCUCCCAACCAGGAGCCCUUGUACCUCGAGGAAAGAGUAGUGUCAGUUAAGGGUACACCGACUCAAUCCACCCCGAAGCUAAUGAGGGUGUCCAGGCUCUCAAUGGAUGUAAUCAAGGUCGUUCCUCUAAGAAACCUAGGCCAUGUUUUUGAUAGUGUGAGUGAUACACAUAAUUCUAGUUUCAACACCUCACUAGCAGGCAACAGCACUUUAUCACGGCGCCAGUUGUGCAAUGGCAUCACUAAGACGGGCAAGGCUUGUAAGAGGAGCGCCACCCGGGGACAUGAAUACUGCAAAGUACAUGAAGGAGGCUACACUUAUGUCAACCCCUGAAAAGCCUUCCUUGGACUUAUUUUUUUAAAUGUUUGUUUUUGUUGUUAACUGGAGAGAGGCAUAUUUAAAGCAUUGUCUUUUUAUAUUUCACAAGUUUAUUUGAAUAAAUUAUUUUUACUUUUG